UGUUAUUGCGUGUAGUGUAAAUCCUUUCCACACUUUUUCCCCCCUUUCUUACGAACAUCCCCCUCGGAUUUAUUUACUCCACGUUAAGAUCUUGUUUGGGAGGCAUGAUGCGGCUGCAGACAUCAGCGAUAGUUUUGAUCACAUUUAUCUACAUCCUGUGCCAAUGCGGUCCGUUAAACGGAGAAAUCUGUCAGAGUAAGGACAUCAGGAAUAAUGUCACUAACUUGCGGACUCUGGAGAACUGCACGGUGAUCGAGGGCCACCUGAAGAUCCUGCUCAUGUUUAAGACUAAGCGGGAGGACUUCCGAGGCCUGACUUUCCCCAAACUUACAGUCAUCACUGACUACCUGCUUCUGUUUCGUGUCUAUGGUUUGGAUAGCCUUAGUGACCUGUUUCCAAACCUGACCGUCAUCCGGGGAAACAACCUGUUUUUCAACUAUGCCUUGGUGUUGUUCGAGAUGCUUCAGCUGAAAGAGAUUGGCCUUCACAGCUUAAUGAACAUCACCCGUGGGGCGGUGCGCGUGGAAAAGAAUCCGGAUCUCUGUUAUCUCUCCACCAUCGACUGGUCCAAGAUCCUCGACUCAGUCGAGGACAACUACAUCGUGGCCAACAAGAAUGACCGGGAAUGUGGAGACAUCUGCCCUGGAACCAUAUCGGGAAAAAUCACUUGCUUUCAGACAACCAUUAACGGGCAUUUUGGAGAACGCUGCUGGACCCAGGACCACUGCCAGAGGAUUUGCCCAGCUAUGUGUAAGCAUCGGGCCUGUACUCCCAGUAACCUGUGCUGUCAUGAACAGUGUCUGGGGGGUUGUCAGGAGCCAGGGAACAGCAGCACAUGCGUGGCCUGUCGACACCUCCUGCACCGGGACACCUGUGUGGAGAAGUGUCCUCCUGGUUACUACACCUUCAAAGGGUGGAGGUGUGUCUCUCUCCAGUUCUGCCAAGACCUCCACAACCAGUGCAGGCAGAGUAAAACCAGUGACUGCCACCAGUACGUCAUUCAUGACGGAGCCUGUAUUCCAGAAUGCCCUUCAGGAUUCACAACCAUGAACUCUACUACGCUGACCUGUACGCCGUGUGCAGGGCUCUGUCCGAGGCUGUGUAUGGGGGUGAAAAUCGUGGACUCCGUCACCGCUGCCCAGGCUCUCAGAGGCUGCACCAUCCUCAACGGCAGCCUCGUCAUCAAGAUCCGUGGAGGAACUAACAUUGCUGCGGAGCUGGAGGCUAAUCUGGGCCAGUUGGAGGAGAUAACCGGUUAUCUGACCGUCCGUCGAGCGUAUGCCCUGGUCUCUCUCUCCUUUCUUCGAAAACUCAGACUCAUCCGAGGAGAUACACAGGAGGUUGGAAACUACUCUUUCUACGCACUGGAUAACCAGAACCUCCGUCAGCUGUGGGACUGGUCCAAACACAACCUGAGCAUCCUGCAGGGUCGCAUGUUCUUCCAUUACAACUCCAAACUCUGCAUGUCGGAGAUCCGCAGGAUGGAGGAGGUGACGGGGACCAAGGAGCGCCACACCAGAAACGACAUCGCCCUGCGGACCAACGGAGACCAGGCCUCCUGUGAAACCCAGGAGCUUAAGUUCACCCUCAUUCGUACGCUGCAUGACAAGAUCCUCAUCAAAUGGGAAGCCUUCUGGCCGUCCGAUUUCCGAGACCUGCUGGGUUUUAUGGUUUUCUACAAAGAAGCACCGUAUCAGAACGUGACAGAGUUUGACGGACAGGACGCCUGUGGAUCUAACAGCUGGGUGAUAGCGGAUGUGGAGCCUCCUCAGAGAGCGUCAGAGGGGAGAGAGCAGGUGGAGCCCGGGUACCUGAUCAUGCCUCUGAAACCCUGGACCCAGUACGCCAUAAUGGUCAAAACCCAGCUCUCCGCCUCCGAAGACCACAAGGUCCGCGGCGCCAAGAGCAAAAUCAUCUACGUCCGCACCGAUGCCACCAGACCAUCUGUCCCCCUCGACCCCAUCUCCUCCUCUAACUCCUCAUCUCAGAUCAUCCUGAAGUGGAAGCCACCAAAUGAUCCAAACGGCAAUGUCACACACUACCUGGUCUCCUGUCAGAAGCAACCAGAGGACAGUGAACUUUAUAAGUGGGAUUACUGUCAGAAAGGGCUGAAGCUGCCCUCGAGGACUCCCACCCAUCAGGACACGGAGGCAGAGGAGAAGUGGAACCAGACGGAGGAACAGGGUCAGAACCGACGGUGCUGUGCCUGCCCCAAAACAGAGACCCAGCUGAAGAAGGAGGCGGAGGAGAUUGAGUACAGGAAGACGUUUGAGAACUACCUUCACAACGAGGUCUUCGAACUCAAGCCGUCUCGUUGGCGACGCUCGGUGGGCGUGGCCAAUGCCACGUUACCCAAUUUCAUGACUGCGCGCCCUGGCCCACCCAAUGCUCUGACCACACAGAGCCCCAAAGCAGACAAAGAGAAGCGUCUGGAGUUUAUCGUGUACUCCAAAGAGUCGACCGUCAUCUCCGGACUCCACCACUUCACCAGUUACAAGAUCGAGAUCCAUGCAUGUAACCACCCCACAGACAGGAACCGCUGUAGCAUGGCCUCUUACGUCAGCGCGCGCACCAUGCCUGAAGACAAAGCAGAUGAGAUCCUGGGGCCGGUCACGUACGAGCUGCUGCCGGACGAGCCGGAGUACGUGUACGUCAGGUGGGCGGAGCCCGCGUCUCCCAACGGCGUGAUCAUCCUCUACGAACUCAAAUACAGGAGAACGUCUGAUACUGAGGAGUUGCAUCAGUGUGUCUCAAGGAUCACCUACGAGACAAUGAAAGGCUACAAACUCAGAGUGAUGCAUCCUGGGAACUACAGCGUCCAAAUCCGCGCCACCUCCCUGGCGGGAAAUGGAUCCUGGACUGAGCCAAUGUUCUUCCACAUGCCAGACAGGGACAUGAAUCCAAAGUUCAUCAUCGUGGCCGUCAUCUUUCCCAUCCUCCUGCUCUCGGUGUGCUGUGGUGUGUUUGUCAUCAUCAAAAAGAAACAAACAGAAGGACCCACUGGGCCCCUGAUUGCCUCAUCCAACCCAGAGUACAUCAGUGCCAAUGACGUGUAUGUUCCGGAUGACUGGGAGGUGGCACGGGAGAGGAUAACGGUUCUGCGGGAGUUGGGGCAGGGCUCGUUCGGGAUGGUCUACGAGGGCAUCGCUAAAGACAUCGUGAAGGGCGAGGCGGAGACGCGUGUGGCGGUGAAAACCGUAAACGAGUCGGCCAGUCUGAGGGAGAGGAUCGAAUUCCUCAACGAAGCAUCUGUGAUGAAAGCUUUCAGCUGCCAUCAUGUGGUACGUUUGCUGGGUGUGGUCUCUAAGGGUCAGCCCACACUGGUUGUCAUGGAGCUGAUGACACAUGGUGACCUGAAAAGUUACCUGCGUAGCCUCAGACCUGAUUCAGAGAGUAACCCCGGCCGGCCGCCCCCCACCCUUAAAGAGAUGAUCCAGAUGGCAGCGGAGAUAGCAGACGGCAUGGCCUACCUCAAUGCCAAGAAGUUUGUCCACAGAGAUCUGGCUGCCAGGAACUGCAUGGUGGCUGAGGACCUUACGGUGAAAAUCGGAGAUUUUGGAAUGACGCGGGACAUCUAUGAGACUGAUUAUUAUCGAAAAGGCGGGAAAGGCCUGUUACCUGUGAGAUGGAUGGCCCCAGAAUCCCUGAAAGACGGAGUUUUCACAGCACACUCGGACUGCUGGUCGUUUGGUGUUGUGUUAUGGGAAAUCAGCACGCUGGCAGAGCAGCCGUACCAAGGACUGUCCAACGAACAGGUCCUUAAAUUUGUCAUGGAUGGGGGGUACCUGGACAGGCCCGAAAACUGUGCCGAGAGGAUGCAUAAUCUGAUGCACAUGUGUUGGCAGUAUAAUCCCAAAAUGCGGCCCACCUUCCACGAGAUCAUUGAGAUGAUCAAAGACGACCUUCACCCCUCGUUCCAGGAGGUCUCUUUCUUCUACAGCGAGGAGAACAAGCCUCCGGAGAGCGAGGACUUCGACAUGGACUUUGAGAACAUGGAGAGCAUACCCCUGGAUCCUUCAUCCUACUCACAGCGAGAGGACGGCCUGACCCGGGACAACGGCCUGUCUGUCGGCCUGCGUGGGAGCUACGAGGAGCACGUGCCCUACGCGCACAUGAACGGCGGGAAAAAGAACGGAAGGAUCUUGUCUUUACCCAGAUCCAGUCCCUCCUAACGUUUCCUCUGUCGUUUUUUGUUCUUUUUUUCCUCAAAAACAGAUCUCAGGUCU